CUGGACACUGCAUGUGUGGCGAGGAUGGAGAGGAUCCGGCUGCGGGAUGGACAGUGGGCAUCAGCGGGUCGGUGGCUUGAGGAGGUCUGCUGAUGGCGAAACUACACUGCUCACGUCAAGAAGAGGUAAGGGAGAGGGCGGGAAGACACAACAAAGAGGAACCGCAACCGUGGCUUCGCUUUUUUCGUGUUUGCCUGCAGGAGGAUGUAGAUGGGAUGUUGGUUGAGGACGAUGAUGAUGGCGAUGAAUGCCCACUGCCGAAUCAUGGACAGCAGGUGCGCAGGCACUGACAAACCACUCCAUCUGCUUCGCUUUCCACACAAAUUCAACGAAAUACAUGGGCCGUCUGUGUGUGGUGCUUCGUUGCUUUUGCAGUCGUCACUUCCCCUGUGGACUGUCCCGUCCGACACCAUCUCGACCUUCCUCAGCCCCCUCCUGGGCACCCAAUACAUCAUCGGCACCCUCUCACUCAUCCGCAAGGCCUUCCACACCAUCGCUCCUGAGCCGUCCACCCACCUCUGCGUCCACAUCCAGACUGCCAAGGCCAUCAACCUGACCGACACGCAGCUCAGCGUAUGGCUCACCCGACUAAGCAAGACCAAGCGCGCCGUGCUGCUCUGCCCGGUGACGGAGAGCAUGGUGCUUCUGGUGGAGGGCACGAGCAACACCUUGACCUACCUCGAGAUGGACCAUUCGGCAUCAGAGCGGCACGGCACGCCCAGGCUGCUGUCAGUGCGUCAAGGGGCGUCUCUGGUGGAGUUCCCGGUGCUGGAGGAGGCGCGUGUGGGCGGCGACUGGGCGCAGGCGGCGCCACGCAAGCGAUGGGCACUGAGGUAGGCGACAAGGCCAGCGAAUGAUACACCCAGCAGAACAGUUCUCAUGUGUGUGUGGUGUUGUUGAUUGUGCGGCUUUGCGGGUCGCUCGUGUCAUUGAGCGUUCGCGACUGCCGAUUGCUGGCCCCCGUGAUCGGUUUCGGUGUGUGGUGGCGUUCAUUCGCGCCAGCCCUGCGGUCGCUCGAGUACGACGAUGAUGGGUGCUCGAGCACCCAUCCGUACCCCCACAGCACGCUCCCGCUGCAGGAGCUUCUGCCGGUCACCACAUCUGUGCCUGACCUGAGCGCCCUCAAGUGAGGAGCACGAUAGAACCGAAACACGCGCGUGUAUGUGUAUCCCUUCAUUCUUCUCUCUCAGGCGCCUUCGCUUCACCAGUGAGCGGUCGUGCUUCACCCACGGAGGAGGCACACGGCUGCUGGCUCAGCGCAGCCUCAGGCUGGAGGAGGUCGACAUUGCAUUGAACUCUCUGUCGACCGACUUACUCAAGGUAGCAUUCUCUUUCACACACACAAGCAGACGGCACACGCACACAUUCGCCAGGACACACCUCUGUCUGUCUGUCUGUCUGUGUGUUUGUUUGUUUGUCUCUGUACAUGUGUGUGGCGUGCAGGCCAUAGAUGGGUUUCGCAAGUCUUGCCUCGCCCCCAACGCCAUCGAGAACUGGAGCAGAAGCGACUUUCACUUCGACCUGAGUUCGCUGUUCGACUCAUCGGACAUGUCUGACGAGGUCCUUCGUAGCUGUGCGGGCACCAUCAAGAUCCUAGCUUCGGCAGCUACCUGGGCUGUCAUGAGGACUCAGCUCACUGGCACACAGGUGUUCCAUCUCGCACUCUAUGGCCUCAUCCCGUCACUCGUGUUUUCGCGAACACGCACUCUGUGGCUGUGCCGGCGCGCUAAUGCUGGCCACGCCGGCGUUUUGCCACUGCCUGACGUGGUGUUGUCGAAUGUGGCUCGCCUUUUCCCCUCGGUGACGCACACAGAUGUGUUUGGUGCUGACAUGUCCGAUGCGCUCGUGCAGAGGGUGCUGGGGCAGCUCCCGACGCUCGAGACAUUGCGCUGUCCGGCCUCAGACACGUUUGACACGGACGUGGGGGAUUUGGGAUGGGCGAGGCAAGGCUUGAGGUUCUCACUGCAUCAGACAGAGCAUCAGGGCAGGCCGAUCGCUGAGAGAGUUCGUGAGGCCACCACGACCAUGGAUUGGGAGGAAAGUGAGACAGAGAGCUUCGUCUUAGCGUGUGACCGACUCGUAGACAGAUGUGUGCGAGCGAUUCGUCGGUUUUGUCGCAUCGAUCGGCUUGUCGUCAAUGUGAGUGAUCCGUUUGAGGAGAGCCAGGAGGGGGGGACAUGAUCGUAGCCACAAUGCAGGAGUGCAUGGUGAGUCGGCCUGGCACAGCCGGUGCCAGCCGCCGACUCCCUUGUCACCUCCUGCUGCGUGAGCUUGGCUUCGAGAUGGUCGAAUUAGCGAGAUUAGAUAACCUCUGUCGGAUGGAGGUGCGGCGGAUGGGCCUGCCCAUCUCCUCACAGAAGCGCAUCUCCUCACAGAAGCGCAUCACUGACUACUUCUCUGUGGCCAACCAGUGAGACAGACAUCGGCUGAAGGGCACAGCACAGCAUAGCACAGAUAUGGGGCUGGGGUGCACAGGCGGGGCGGGCAGUGGCCUUUACUUCCUCACGCGUGUCAAUCCUUUCUGCGGCCUUUUCUGCAUGUGCGUGUGUGGGCGGUCGGCGCCUCACCCAUCAGCAGCUGGCCAGCUGCAGGUGGGUGAUUCGUUGGCACACCCGCAGGGCCAUGCAAAAGAGGCCGCUGCCGUGUGAAUAUAUGGGUGUGCGGUUGAGACUCUUCAUCAUGUGCGAG